UUUCUUCCCUAUCAAUUUCCAAAUCUCAAAAGAUGACCCAAAGAAUUUUUUUUGGGGAUAUAACCUUUCACAACAGCUUACAAAUCUGCGCAUCUAAGUACACACAAAAAUGCUUUUGUUAUUUAAUUAAAAGGCCGAAAAAGAUACCCCCCCCCUCCUUUUGCUUGACUGCUUUUACUUUAUUUUUUAGUUUUUUGUCCGCCCAUUAUUCUUCUCUCCAUUCUUUUAUUCUUUUAGCUUCACCCGAUUCAUUUUUAUUUUAA